AUGCCUACGUUGUUGGCGUACGCAGCUUGGGAAGACGCCAAGCCCUCCGGCGAGCCCUCCGACAAGCCAAGCUUCAACACCAGCAUCUCCUCACAAGGGGCAGCAUAUUUCGACGAGGCGGCAGAAGAGGAGGGUAACGCGGACGCCCUAUCACCGCUUCUACCAAAGCAGCCCGCGACUGGUCCUGAAGCAUCCCGAACGUUCAUCGAGAGAAUACCCUUGGGCGGCGCCGGGGGGGGCAAGGACUCGGAAGCCGCCGCCGACCGCGGCACUACGCUGGCUCCUCUGCGGACAGCCGGGCGCCGGAGCGGGACUCGGUUCGGCUCCGGGGUACACGUUCCCCCACCACAAAUUUUGAGCUGGCAGCUUUGUGAAAGCGUGUAG